UGGCUUAAAGAGGAAGUGUUUCUUUACUGUAAUGCAUUUAGAAAGAGAGGGAAAGGAAAACAAAACUAAGAAAUAGUGUAAGCUGCAAAGGGACAAGAAGAUAGAGAGAUAAGAUAUAGAGAAAUACAGCUAGGGUGGACAGCCGUUUACUACUAGUUAGUUGUAUUCCCCAGCCGGAUCUCUCUGUCGCGAAUAGCCUGGGGACGAGGUUACCUACCAGUAUGUGAGGGGUGGUCUACUGAGUGUGUCUGUGUUCAGGACAGUACCUGUUUGUGUAGACAAGAUGGGCAUUAAUGGGCGACUGCAACACUACCUGCUGCCAGCCUCCAUCAUGGCUCUGCUGCUCUUCCUCAGUUCUUUAUGGCUCCCUCAGAUUGCAAUGCGUGAUUGUGAGACCUCCUGGCACCCCUGUCUGAGUUUCAAUUUCUACCUUCCAACACUGGAGAGCCCUGUUAUUCCUCAUCCAGGAGGGGUGCAGAGUAGGGGACAGCAGGGUGAGAGGGGUGUAGUGUUGGGUUCUGUGCCCCCUCUCCAGGUGUGUCAAGGUCAACAAUUCCAGGUGUGGCGUCUCAUGUCCCACCUGACCUCUUCCAUGGCUACGCACUCUGAUGAUGUUCUGCUGGAGCACUACCUCUACAGCUGGGACGAACUCAUCAAGUUUAUGGAAUCUCUCGGACCUCUGGUCAGUUUUUUCUCUCAGAAGGUCAAAGAUAAGAUCGCUGUCAUCAGAGAGCUGGCCCAGCAGGAGAAAGAGGCCCUUGAGAAACGAAGUCCAGUAGAAGGACACUCUGGACUACAAACUCGCACAUCAGGACUACAAGGCCCAGCGGCCUACAGUUCAGUGCGUUCCAUGGUGGAGUCGGAGCUGCAAAGGGGCUUGGUGAACUUCAGUGUGCGGACGCGCUCCGGCUGCAGAAAUCUGCUGCGGCUCCACCGUUCGCUGCUCUGGAUCCUGCUGCUACUGCAGGGCCUGGGGGAGGGACCGGACGCACAGGGGGUUUACCGCACCCCUGGGGAGCUCUGCAGGGAUGCGUACACCGUGGCCCUGGCCCCCCAUCACCCCUGGUUGAUCCGCAGUGCGGCUGAGCUGGUGUUUGUAGCUCUGCCAGACAGAAGAGUGUUCCUGGAUAUAGUUUGUGUGAGAAAAGAGGAGGAGGUUGGGCCGGUGCUCAACAUUGUUGUAGACGUUAUGAGAGAGGUAUACACACGCACACAGAGCAUACUGGAAGAACACAACAUGAUAGAGCUGCCAUAGAAAGACACAGACAGACAGACAGGUAUGCCAGCACACAUAGCCUGCACAGACUAUAAAGACACGUGAUAGAAAGACUGUAGAAACACACAGCAACUCAGUUAGUUAGGCCUACCGUAUAAGCCUGUUAACAACUGUAUAUGUAGAAAAGCCCUUAUAACUAAUGAGAACCGUGGAAUACUUGCUUUGUGUCAGUGAAAGGAGUGAAUAAACAUGUUAUUUAUUCACAUGUCUGUAGUUGUUCUUCUGUGUGUGUGUCUACUGCUGUAAAUCACAGAAGUAGAAUUAAGUACCUGGAUCACCAGGCGGGCACUCUGUCCUUCUACAGUGUCUCUGACACAAUGACCCUCCUCCACAGUGUCCAGACCAGAUUCACGCAGCCCCUCUAUCCUGGGUUCUGGCUUCAUUGCUUUAAGACCACAGCUGAGUUAUGUGAGUUAGACUAGAGUCCUAUGUCAGUGAUGCUUUACCCUACUAUUAUGUGAGUUGUUUAUUUCCUUCUUCUGUGACCCCCAGAGGAUUGGCUCUCACAGAUUGAGCUCUCUGUAGUCUAGAUAGAAUUUGAGGUUAUGGUUUGCCUUACUAUUCUGUGAGGUUUUCAUUUUCUUUGAAUAGCAGAGGAUUGACUUUCACAGAUUCAGUCAUUUCUAGAAUUCAAAGUUAUUUUCACCAAAUCCUAUGAUGUUGAAAAUGAAUCUGUACCUCCGGUGAGACUUUACCUCAGAAGGCAGCAUGUGAUAGGCCAUACAUUGUUUUCAGAAUAAUUUCUUAACCUGUUCCUUCCCUUUGUUAUCGUGUACUCUUUUUCAGAGGUAGCCAUUUGUUAUGUAGGCUACAGUGCAUAUGUUGCUGUAUAUUCUGUGUAUUUAUCCUAGAUCUCUCACAUGCUUGAUGUUACAGGUCCCCUCGAGGUCCAUAUUAUACCAAUAGUUUUUCAAUCAACUGAAGUAAGUAGUUUACUGAGCCCUUAUUCACUCAAUAUUGACAGUGCUGAAGCAAAUGUAAACUGAUAAAUAAACAGCGUGUUUGUUGAGCAUCUGA